UCUAAGGGACGCGGGAUGCCCUGCAUCGCCCUCCGCACUGCUCAGCCCCGGGAGGCGGCGGGACACCGGGGGCUCCGCCCAGCGCCCCGGCGGCACCACCACACCGUGAGCCCCCCGAGCACACUCCGGGUGCCCCCCAGGCGCUCCCGCUCCCAUUGCGCCGGUACCGCGUCACAUCCGUCGGGGCCCGAUGAUGCAGGCGCGGGAUCCCCGCGCAUCCGGUCACCGGCAGCGCAGCCGGCAGCGCGGCGCUCCCAGAUGACCACCAGCUUCACGGACCCGAGCGUGUCCAUGGACCUGCUGCGCGCCGUGCUGCAGCCCAGCAUCAACGAGGAGAUCCAGGGCAUCUUCAACAAGUACAUGAAGUUUUUCCAGACAGCAGCCAUCAAUGUGCGUGAUAAUGUUGGGGAGGAGGUGGAUCCAGAGCAGCUCAUCCAGGAGACCUGUAGGAGCUGCCUGGAGCAGGCCAAACUGUUGUUCUCUGAUGGCAAAAAGGUGGUUCCCAGGUUGCCCCAUGAGCAGGCAGUGCCAAAGGUGGGCUGGGGUCAGUGUUCACCUGGCCAGGUAGGGAGAAAAGCCCUGCUCAUCCCACUGCCCUUCCUCUUCCAGCGUGCCCGACAGAUGGAUGAGGAGUUGAGCCGCCGAGGGAGCCCCAUUCCAAAAAAGAGGAAGGGGCGGCCUCCAGGACAGAGCCUGUCAAAUGACCGUGGAGUCUCAGGCAUGGCAGCGUGGAAGCUCAAAGUCUCUGAGCCUGUGAAAAGGGAUGGACCAAAGUGGGAUCCAUCCCGACUGACUGAAACCACAACCUUUGUGCUGGGAUCUCGAGCAAACAAAGCUCUCGGGAUGGGAGGAACAAGAGGGCGACUCUACAUCAAGCAUCCCCACCUCUUUAAGUACGCGGCCGACCCGCAGGAUAAGCACUGGCUGACAGAGCAGCAGCACAUGAGGGCCAUUGGGGGCAAGAUGGCCUACCUCCUCAUUGAAGAGGACAUUCGGGAUUUGGCCGCCAGUGAGGAUUACAGGGACUCAGUUGAUCUGCGGCUGGAAGAGCUGAAGCCUUUCAUCCCCCCAGCCUGGAUGACUGAGAAGAUGCAGAAGCACAUGGAGACGCUUCGCCGCGGGGGGGAGGUGCCGCCCCCCGAGGACCCCCCUGAACCCUGAUGCCCCCCAAUAAAGCCGCUUCGUUCGCAC